CGUUUCCCCUUUAAGUGCAGAUAAAAGGCUGUUGCGUAAUUUGGGUGAAAGAGGAGCAGGAGUGGCCUGAACGAAGGGCAGCCGGUAGGGACAGAUCCAAGAGGACGGUGGACAGGAGUGUGCUGAGAUGGAGCUGAGUGGGGCUAAAACGAUAAUACUAGCCGGAGGUGUUUUGCUUCUGCCUGUGCUCACCUUCGUCACCUCCUUCCUGUUUUGGCCUGGGAUUCUCAUCAGAGCCUACAACUGGUACUGGCGUCGUCGGCUGGGGCUGGUGGUCCGCUACUCCCACAGCGGAAGUUACCGCUUCUGUUAUUCAAGCCGCGGGACGCCGGGGGGCGCCGCGCCCUCACUGCUACUGCUGCACGGUUUCUCCGCCAGCAAGGACAUGUGGCUGCCCCUCGUCAAGUACCUCCCUAGAGACCAGCAUGUGGUGUGUGUGGACAUGCCAGGACACAACGGCACGAGUCGCACCGGGGUCGAGGAUUACAGCAUCCACGGUCAGGUCAGCCGAAUCAACCAGUUUGUGCAGAGCAUCGGUAUGGAUAAAAGACCCUUCCACCUCGUCGGCACAUCAAUGGGUGGGAACGUUGCCGGUGUGUAUGCUGCCCGUUACCCCGAUCACCUGUGCAGUGUCUCCCUGUUGUGUCCAGCAGGCCUGGAUCCCCCCGCGGACUCCGAGUUCAUCAGACGCUUAAAGGAGCUCCAGGAGAGUGGGCAGGAGGGUUCGAUCGCUCUCAUUCCCUCCACUCAAGAGGAGCUGGAGUCCAUGCUGAAACUCUGCUGUUACACGCCCCCCAAACUCCACCGACAGAUCCUGCGAGGUCUCCUUGACAACAGGAUCCCAGACAACGGGUUCUACAGAGAGAUGUUCAUGGAGGUCGCCGGGGAGAAGUCUCGUUACUCGCUGCAAGAAAACCUGCAUCUGAUCAAGCCGCCCCUGCAGGUGAUCUGGGGAAAGGCAGACCAGGUGCUGGAUGCUUCUGGGGCCACAGUGAUUCAGAAGUCGCUGCCACACUGUCAGGUGGACCUACUGGACAACUGUGGUCACUCUGUGGUGUUGGAACGACCAAGAAAAGCCGCCAAGCUCAUCAUAGACUUCAUGUCUGCGCAAGAAGUCAGCGACGAAAAGACAAAGAAACUUUCCUGAAGAAAAAGUUUACACUUAAAAAACACCGAUCCCCAACCUCACAAUGGAGGAUGAAGAUGAUGUACAGUUAUGAAGCUGUGGUGAUUUCAUAGAUUGAUAAAAGAGAUUUAUACAAAGAUAUUCCUGAAGUUUUUAUGAUGUUGGUUCACGCACAGUGUUACACAGGAGCUGCUCACAGUUUUAGACGUCAGGGUUAUCUAAUAUCAUUCCAUGUUUGAAUUUUGCACAUUUUCUUUCAGAAAACUGUAGAAACCUGUAUUACAGUCUUUCAGUGACUUUUUAUGAGUAACAUUUACGUCUGAGACAGAAUAUUUAACUUUACAAAAAAGUACAGUAACAUUCAGAAAACACACAACUCACAAAACAUGUAAGCCACUGAAUGUCAAUGAUUUGUCUGAUUUAUGUGUGAUUUUUAUUAACUAUGUGGAUACUGCUAAUUUGAACACCUUCAUGGACUACAGGAUUAAAACUGGUUUUACUGA